AUGAAGAGUUUUUUUCUAGUUGUGAAUAUGCUGGCAUUAACCCUGCCAUUUUUGUGUGCAGAGGUGCAAAACCAGGAACAACUAACAUGUCAUGAGAAUGAUAAAAGACUGGUCAAUCAAAAGACAGUCAAAUAUAUUCCAAUUCAUUAUGUUCUGAAGAGCUAUCCUCACUCUGAACUCAAUUACUACCAAUAUAGACCAGCUAUAUCAAUUAAUAGCCAAUAUGUGCCUCACCCAUACUAUGCAAAACAAGUGUCAGUUAGACCAUGUGCCCAAAUUCCUCAAUGGCAAGUUCUGCCAAUUAUCUACCCACUCACUAGAGUAAGUCACCCAUACCUAUAUCCACGAUUUAUUGUCGUUCCCCCAAAGAAAAUUCAGGAUAAAACAGUCAUCCCUACCAUCAACACCAUUGCUGCUGUUGAACCUACAUCUACUCCUACCAUUCAACCAACAAUUGUAGUUAUUCAAGAAGCUUCCUCAGAAUUCAUCACAAGCACACCUGAGGCCACCACAGUCACAUUUACUUCACCCGUGGUUUAA